AACGCACAAUAAGAGCUGAAAUAUGCGCUUUUGAAUGCGCAUUUGGUAACUUUCGUGCGAUUUAACAUUUUUUAUCAGUAAUAGACCUGUUUUUAACCCAAAGUAUAACACAAAGCGUUAUAAGGAACAACACAGCGAAUUGCAUAAUAUAGUUGUGAGAAAAGGAAUAAAUGGUAUAUGUAUCGGAUACGAGAAGUGUAAAUGACAAAGGUCACAUCAUGGCGCUGUUUGCAGGCUGUCAGAUAGUGUUCGACCUCGACGUAUGUUUUAAGACCAAGGUCAAGUUGCAGCUUAUCGGCAGAAUUACAUCACUAGGCGGUGUGGUUUCGUACCUACCUUCAAAGAAGUGCUCGCACAUUGUCUGUAGCGACGCCAAGCAUGCCGAUCGCUCGUACAAGAGCCAGAGAGGUUUGCAGCUUGGAAUACCAGUGGUGGCUACUGAUUGGGUGUACGCCAGCCUAGGGUCCAACAGUCUGCUUGACGUAAAACAGUAUCUCCUUGUUCGACAGCCUAUGUCAACCAUGGGGGACGGGGAAAAUGCGGGACUAGAAUCAUUCGACGUUUGUCUACCAGCUGCGGUGGAAGAAUAUGGUAUACAUUUGAUGGACAUUUAAUAUGUUGUAUCUUUCAAUGCUGUAAUAAAAAUAUAGUCUCAAAUAUGUUAUAAAUUAUUACAUUAAUA